AAUCUUCCUUUUUUUCCCUUAACGAUGAAAAACUCCAUCGUGCUUGUAGCGGCAGCUUUCCUUUGCCUUGCCGCUUUUCCGACCACAACCGUCGGAAAAUAUUGGCCAAAAAUCGAAGGAUGGCCAAAUCCGUCUGAAAUCUCUAGAAACGAACUGAUGUUUUUGAACACUGGCCAUAGUUUCGGCUAUGGAGAUUCCAAAGUCUGGAAAUGUACUUAUAGCAACGGAUCUGCUCCAGCCAUCUCCAUUUCUCCAUCAACGCCGUUUCCGUCGACUCCAUCAACUCCAUCAAAACCGUCUCCUUCCCCUCCAACUCCCAAAACAUCUCCGCCACCACCAACACCAUCUCAUCCGCCUCCAGCUCCCAAAAAGUCUCCGCCGCCACCAACACCUUCUCUUCCGCCACCAACGCCCAAGAAGUCUCCAUCUCCGCCUUCAACACCGUCUCUUCCACCUCCAACGCCCAAGAAGUCUCCAUCUCCGCCUCCAACACCCAAGAAGUCUCCAUCUCCGCCUCCAACGCCAAAGAAGUCUCCAUCUCCGCCUCCAACACCCAAGAAGUCUCCAUCUACACCUUCAACACCGACUCUUCCACCUCCAACACCCAAGAAGUCUCCAUCUCUGCCACCAAGUGAUGAUCACUCAUCAUCUCCAAUAAAUUCACCUCCGGAGCAUCGCCAUCAUCAACAGAAUCCAUGGGAACACAUCGAGAGCUGUAUGAGAAACAUGGGACCAGUUGGGAUGUGUCGGAUGCAGAUGGAGGUCAGUUUCUACACGAGGUUGUUUAGUGUUAGUGACUAUUGUUGCAACCUUGUUGUCAACAUGGAAAGUGAAUGUGACGACGUCGCUUGGGGAUUCUUCAAUGAUCCUUUCUUUGUUCCUCUUGUUCGUUACACUUGCCAUGCCACAUGCUAGUUUCUCUUCUUUGAUUAAUUAGGGUUUUUUAUCUUUGAUAAUUUGUUUUCUUGUUUUGGUUCGUUUAGUCAUGCAAUAGUUGUUGCCGUUCAUAUCUAAUGAACGGAUCUUUUGUUA